CUCUCAGGGCGCUUCCGGGGACCAGGCCCGCUUUUGGCUGCAUCAGCCGGGAAUUGCCGGCGCCAGGUGCUGGGGGCGAGUCGGACCGCGGGAGCGUGGGGUGGAGUAGGAUGGAGUCUCCCUCCCGAGCUAGGGGUGGGGGCCUAGGAAAGGCUGCUUCGCCGCUGUGUUCGGAGAGCUCUGGAUACUGCGGGGCUUUUCCGCGGAGGAGCGCCCGCCGGUAGGUUGGCCCCGAACCGUGGGGGCGGCGACGGCCGAGUGCCAAUUUGACUCUGUGCACCAAGGCCGCCGCGCCCCGGAACGGGCGACGCCGCGCCCCCAUCAGAGCCGCGGGUAGGGAGUCAGGGUGCGAACCCGGCCUUCCAAGCCGCGUGACCGGAAGCGGGCAGCUCGGAGGCCUUCCCGGAUGGCUCUUUGGAGUGGGAAGGAGCUCCUGGUGCUGGCGGGGCGGUGAAGGAGUUGGCAGUGGGUGGUCGUUUACUCCCAGGGAGACGGGCGCCGUGAAGCCCGUGGGGAGCUCCUGGGCUCCCCCAGGGCUGUGCAGAGUGGCCUGACGAGUGCCUCGAGGACAGGAGCUGUGCCCCGCUGAGCUCUGCUCCAGUACCUGCUGUGCUGAGGUGGGCACGUGCGUUUCCUCUGGCAUAGCAGGUGCUUGUGCUGCUGCACUGCUCCUUCAGGCAUCUGCAUCUGGGACCGACCUCCUGGGCUGGCUGAUCAAAGAGGAAGCAGCAGCAAUGUCUGCUGUGGGGGCUGCAACUCCAUACCUGCAUCAUCCUGGCGAUAGUCACAGUGGCCGAGUGAGUUUCUUGGGGGCCCAGCUUCCUCCAGAGGUGGCAGCAAUGGCCCGGCUACUAGGGGACCUAGACAGGAGCACGUUCAGAAAGUUGCUGAAGCUUGUGGUCAGCAGCCUGCAGGGGGAGGACUGCCGAGAGGCUGUGCAGCGUCUUGGGGUCAGCGCCAACCUGCCGGAGGAGCGGCUGGGUGCCCUGCUGGCAGGCAUGCACACGCUGCUCCAGCAGGCCCUCCGUCUGCCCCCCACCAGCCUGAAGCCUGACACCUUCAGGGACCAGCUCCAGGAGCUCUGCAUCCCCCAAGACCUGGUCGGGGACUUGGCCAGCGUGGUAUUUGGGAGCCAGCGGCCCCUCCUUGAUUCUGUGGCCCAGCAGCAGGGUGCCUGGCUGCCGCAUGUUGCUGAGUUUCGGUGGCGGGUGGAUGUAGCAAUCUCCACCAGUGCCCUGGCUCGCUCCCUGCAGCCGAGCGUCCUGAUGCAGCUGAAGCUUUCAGAUGGGUCAGCAUACCGCUUCGAGGUCCCCACAGCCAAGUUCCAGGAGCUGCGGUACAGCGUGGCCCUGGUCCUAAAGGAGAUGGCAGAUCUGGAGAAGAGGUGUGAGCGCAGACUGCAGGACUGACCCCUCACUUGACCAGUCCCAUUCAGAUCAGGCUUGAACAGGCACCCGAGAUGGUGCCAAAGUGCAGCUGACUCUUCCCACGACAGCCCUGCCCUUCCCAUGAGGCAGGCUCUUCAGUGAGUGUUUGAACGUAAUUAUGUAGUUUUCUGUUUAAUUGAAAAAGAGAGCUAUGCCUUUUUUUCUUUUUUGGAAGUAAAGCAGCUAAAAACAUGUUUCUCUAGGUGGGUGUUGAACCUCACACCCUCCCCUUCCCUGUACAUUUGUCUUUGCUGCUGGACGUGGCCAUGUGAGGCCAGGUUGAGGCCCUUUGUAGACAACAUACAGUUGCUCAGCCUGGCCCCAUGUAGCCAGGUGCUUUUGUAGAUCUUGUGUUUUAGGCUGGGCACUUUCAUUCUUCUGCCUUAAAUCCCUGACCCCAUGGAGCUGACAUUCUAGUGCGGCUGAGGGGAGGGGAAACAUUGUAAAAUAAAUCAUAAAAAUUAA